AUAGCUGGAUGAUCUUGCAUAAAUGCUUCCGAUAGAUAUCUUAUCGGAGUGACCCCGCGCGCGGGACUGCAAGCCCGCCAACAUGACAGUCCUGUUCGUCACACUCUUCAUACAUAUAAUAAGAAUAUGACUACAAUGGUAUCUUUAAUGUCUAUCUAUAUUGAUCAAUCUUCGCCAUUUUAGUUGGUUGGCAUUAUUCUUCGCGAUACUCCGCAUAAGCCAAUCUAGCAUGGAACAACCCAAUAGUGAGAAGAUUGGACCUCUCCAUGAGAAACCUGGGAUUCUAGACCACACAGACGAUUCAGAAAUCGAUGUCUACAUUGAUCCCGCAAAAGAGGUUAGGCUACUCGCAAAACUUGACCUUGCUUUUACGCCGGUGAUAAUGCUGGUAUACUUAUCUUGUUUCUUGGAUCGUUCAAACAUUGGUAAACGUCAUCCAUAGACCAGAACAAGAUCAGAAACUAACAUUCAUUAGGCAAUGUAAAAGUCGCUGGUAUGUUGAAAGACAUACACGCUACGAACCAGCAAUUUUCUAUUGCUGUAUCAAUCUUCUACGCGACUUACGUGACUUUUGAGACACCUGCGGCAGUAUUGAUGAAAAAAAUCACCCCUCGUGUGAUUUUGUCUACCCUAUGCGCGGUCUGGUCGCUCACUACCAUUUUUACUGGGUUUGUUCAUAAUAUUGGUGGUCUUUAUGCUACAAGAUUGAUUCUUGGAUGUUGCGAAGCAGGUCUAUUUCCCUGCCUGAACUUGUACUUGACGAUGGUGUAUCGCCGAGAAGAACAGGCUAAGCGAGUUGGAUAUUUGUUUAGCUGUGCUGCAUUGUCUGGGGCAUUUGGAGGACUUUUGGCUUAUGGUAUUCUUCAGAUGGGUGGUGUUUCUGGAGUUGCGGGCUGGAGGUUCGUUCUUAUUGUGACCAAAGGAUGAUAUGGGAGUUGCUAAUUGUUUCAGAUGGGUAUACAUUAUUGAAGGGCUUUUCAGUGUUAUUGUCGCUAUCGUCGUUUGGUUUGGCCUUCCAACCGAUCCCGGUAAAGCUUGGUUCUUGAACGCGGAAGAAAGGGAGAUGAUGAGACUGAGAGCUAUUCAGAGGCAAAAGUAUAUGGGUGAGCCAUCGAUAUAUUUUACGUGCAUUCGUGAAGCCUCAGCUGAUCCUUAUUUACAGGCUCCGAGAAAUUCUCUUGGGAAGAAUUUCGAAUUGAGCUCAAAGACCCCAAGCUUUAUAUCAGGUAUAAAUAAUAUAUCUAUGUCUGAUCAGGCUAUGCGCUAACUGUGACUCUAGCGCUGCUAUUCAAUUUAUGCAAGACUGUCUACUGUAUGGGUUUAGCACAUUUUUACCAUCCAUUCUGAAAGCAAUGAAUUAUAACACGCUCCAAGCAAAUUAUCUCACUAUACCCGUAUACAUAUGGGGUGCGAUUAGUUUCUUAUUCUUAGCUUGGGUAUCUGACAAAAUUAGUAUGCGUGGACCGGUAAGCUAAUUUUUGAAUAUUUAAGAAUAAAGCGGAGACUGACCAAGAUUCUAGAUACUAUUCUUCGCCAAUAUCUUCGGAAUAGUUGGUUAUAUUUUGCUACUCACAGUAAAACAUGAAGGUAAGCUAUGAUUCCCGAAGCCAUAUCAUAUCAUACAAAAGCUAAUAUCUAUCCAAGGAGUAAAAUUCUUCGCCACGUUCCUCUGUGCCAUCGCCGUCUAUACAGGUCCUGGUCUCAACAUAACCUGGCUAAACGUCAACGUAGCACCGCAUUACAGACGUGCAACAGCAAUUGGUAUCCAGCAGUCGAUUGCCAACACGGCUGGAAUAGUUGCUGGACAAAUAUAUCGCACUUCCCCAUACGUUCUUGGGAAUAGCUUUUCUCUGGGAGCAUUAUGUGUUGCUCAAGUGUUAAUUGUAGUGAAGGUUUGGUAUGUGAAGAGUCAGAAUAGGAUGAAAGAGAGGAUUGGGAAAGGGGAGAUUGAGGAUAGGCGGAAGGUGAAGACUGGGGAUGGAGAGUUGGAUUUUGAGUAUCAUAUUUAGAGUUUAGGCUUUGUUGGAGAAUAGGGUUAGCGUGAUGUUUUGGGUAUCUUUUGUAUGAUGGUAGCUGUGCUUGCUUGUGUGGUUGGUAAAUCAUAUGUAGUCGGAGGACUGGUGAAUAAGAAGAAUGCAUUCAGUGGCCGGCAAUUUUCA